AUGUUGUGGGUAGAUAAAUACCGUCCAACGUCUCUCUCGUCGCUUGAUUUUCAUCCAGAGGUGACUAAACGUCUGUUAAAUUUAUCUCAAUCAUCCGAUUUACCUCAUUUACUUGUCUAUGGACCUUCUGGUGCUGGUAAAAAGACACGGAUUAUGGCACUCUUACGUGCUCUAUAUGGAGAUGGUGCAUCAAAAGUUCGGUUAGAGCAUAAAUCAUUCAAAAUGUCAACGCAUAGUCACUCCAAAGUGGAAAUUACAACAGUUGCAAGUAAUUUUCAUAUUGAGAUGAAUCCAUCGGAUGUGGGAACACAAGAUCGACUUGUUAUUCAAGAAAUCUUAAAGGAAAUUGCUCAAUAUCAUUUAAUGGAUACCAAUGCUCGCCAACCUUUUAAAGUUGUUUUACUUAUGGAAGUUGAUCGAUUAAGUAAAAACGCACAACAUGCUUUACGUCGUACAAUGGAAAAAUAUACAGCAACGUGUCGUCUUGUGUUAUGCUGUACUAAUCCAUCUAAAGUCAUUGAUCCAUUACGAAGUCGUUGUUUAGGUGUACGAGUGGGUGCCCCUACAAUUGAUCAAGUGUGCAAUAUUUUGCAAGGAGUUUGUAGAAAAGAAGGAAUCGAGUAUUGUGAUCCUUUAGGGAAACAAAUUGCUAUCAAAAGUGAACGGAAUUUGCGACGUGCAUUGCUUAUGCUUGAAACCUGUCGCGUCCAAAAUUAUCCGUUCGUAGCCGAUCAACAGAUUCAGUUGCCGGCAUGGGAAGAAUACAUUUGCAGUCUGGCGAAGGUAGUGCUUCAGGAACAAUCGCCUGCUGGCCUUUUGAAGGCGCGCGAGAUGAUCUAUGAGCUUAUGUCCAAUUGCGUGCCGUCCGAGGUGAUCCUCAAGGUUCUGUGUUGCGAGCUCAUGAGCCGCUUGGACGACGAUCUCAAGCACGAGCUGGUGCAAUGGGCCUCAUACUACGAGCACCGCAUGCAGCGUGGCUCCAAGGAUAUUUAUCACUUUGAGGCCUUUUUGGCCAAGUUUAUGGCGCUUUACAAGAAGUUCCUGCUGGACUUGUACAUGUAG